GCUACACUCUACAUUAUAUACAUUAUAUACAUUAUAUACAUUAUAUACAUUAUAUACAUUAUAUACUAUACAUUACACUAUACAUACAGUUCAUUAGCACUACACUGUACUGUCAUUAUACUGCACUGUUCUACUUUACUCACACUCACACACCGCUGUUACUGCUGACGGAGCGCUGGUGCACACGGAAAUCACGCGUGGACACAAACUACUGUGUGUGUGUGUGUGUGUGUUUAUCACUGUGGUGAGUGGGUUAGUGCGUGGGUGAACAGUGAUGAAGGUGGAGUUUGCACCGUUAAAUAUUCCACUCAGGAGAAGAUUACAAACUGCUGCUGUUCUACAGUGGGUUUUCUCCUUCCUCGCUCUCGCUCAGUGCUGUCUGGCGCUGUUCGUGCUGCUCUGUCUCAGUGAUUGGUGGAUCCUGGGGGCGUUCUAUGCUGGUUGGCUGUACUUGGACAGGGACACGCCCACCUGUGGAGGUCGGCGGUCCCAGUGGGUCAGAAAAUGCAGUGUAUGGAAACACUUCAGGGAUUAUUUCCCCAUCAUGCUGGUGAAGACAGUAGACCUGGACCCGGCCUGUAACUACCUGUUCGGGUUCCAUCCUCACGGCGUGCUGGUGGCCGGAGCGUUCGGUAACUUCUGUACUGAAGCCUGCGGGUUCUCGGAUCUGUUCCCGGGUCUCACGCCCCACCUGCUCAUGCUGCCCUUCUGGUUCAGGGUGCCCUUCUUCAGAGAGUACAUCAUGAGUGGAGGUUUGGUGUCGAGUGAGAAGGCGAGUUUAAGUUACCUGUUGAGUCGGCCGGGGGGCGGGGCUGUGGCCGUGGUGGCAGUGGGCGGAGCUCCGGAGAGUCUGGAGGCGCGACCUGGAGCGCUAACACUACAACUACUGCAGAGGAAAGGGUUCAUCAAAAUGGCCCUCAAACACGGGGCGUGGCUGGUUCCCGUGUUCUCGUUCGGGGAGAACGAGCUCUUUGAUCAGAUGGAGAACCCGGUAGGUUCCACUCUCCGCCGUGUUCAGGACCGCAUGCAAAGGAUUAUGGGUGUGGCUCUGCCUCUCUUCCAUGCCAGAGGAGUGUUUCAGUACAGCUUCGGUCUCUUACCCUACAGAAAACCCAUCAGCACUGUGGUGGGGCGUCCGAUUCGGGUGGAUCUGAACCUGUCUCCCACUAAAGCUGAUGUCGACUCUCUACACGGCCGCUACAUACAGGGUCUGAUGGAGGUGUUUGAAGAGAACAAGGAGAAAUAUGGAAUCAGUAAGGAGAAACAUCUCACAUUCAUCUGAAUCCAAAACAUCCAUCAUCCACCCCUCACCCCCCCCCUUCCACACCUCUGUUACAUCCACCACGAAGUGUGUGUGUGUGUGUGUGUGCGUGUGCGUGUGCGUGUGCGUGUGUGUGUGUGUGUGUAAAUCCAGCAGAACUGUUGUUUUUUGUCCACUAGAGGGCAGAACUGCACUAUAACACCUCAUCACUAUUAAUCCCAGAGUCCGGUCAUGUUCCAAACCCAAGUUAGAACCGAGACUUCUUUCAGUAUAUUAAUUCUGGACUGUUUAUUAUAGUAGUAUGGUCAGGGAUGCGGAUCCUUCUGGAGCAGCUCAGAGAUUCAUACAGAUUCAGAAAAUCUAUCAACUUUAAUUGACAGCGUUUGUGAAUCUCAGAAAAGAUCCCGGAUCAGUUUAUUAAGGAACUUUGUUAAGUUUGUAAAUAAUUUCCAACCAUUUAGCAAAAAAAAAUCAUUUAAAUUUAAAUGAAAUAAAAAUUAACAAUAUUAAAAUAAAACUGCGAAAUAAUCAUGCGUUGUUAAUAAGUCACGUUUAUUUCUGACGUUCAGAGGAAGCGUGUGGCAGCCAGCUUUAAUUUUUAUAGUGCUCAGAUUUAAACCUGACAUGUGAACAUGAAGCUGAAAAUGUUCCUUCAUGGUUCCUGAGAGCUCCCAGCACCCUGGUCCACCUGGUGAUUAGUACUGGUUCUGUUGAACUGUUGGGGACAGAAGUUCUCAGGAGAACCAGGAUUGGGCAGUUCUGUUCUCAGAAGUUCUGAUGAGGAAACAUGAAUGAUGAGGAUGUGCAGUGUGAGCUUGUAUCAGACUGGGGGGUGGGGGGGGGGGGGUGAUUGAGAUGAUGAUGAUGAUGGUGUGAUUGGUCAGUGGUGUUUUUAAUCAUACAGUGGUGGUGUUUAUACUGGAUCUGAUCAGUUUAUUACUCUGUUACAGCUACGUUUCUGUUAUAGAGCCGCAUUUUUAUUCUUUACAUUUACGGUACAGAGCAGAAAAUAAAAUCUAGAACUGAA